AUGACGGCCUGCAGCAGUGGUUGUAAGAAGUCUGUGGACUCGUGUCAAAACGUGGGUCUCCACACCCACGACGGUCGAGUCAUGACAGCCGGCCCUGACCCGGGGGCGGCCAGGCAGUACUAUGAGAAGGCCUGUAUCGGGUGGUUCACUCCCUCCUGCUUCAACCUCCAGUGCCAUGUAUAUUGAGGACUCUCCAGGGCCGAGUAAGGACAUGGGCCUGGCCAUGAGGUAUGCCACGAGGGCCUGUGGGCUAGGUCACGUCUGGGGCUGUUCCAAUUCCAGCCGUAUGUAUAAACUGGGGGAUGGUGGCGGAGAAGGAUGA